GUGGGUGGAGCCAGGGCCCACUUCCUUUCCCCUUGGGGCCCUGUCUGCCCGUCCUGAACCAGUCUCAGGAGGAGGUACAGUGGCCUGGCUCCUGCCUGCUCUUAUCAACUGAACUGCCACAGGUCCUGACCCCCAUCAUGCCUGCUGCCCUGGAGAUGGCUCUCCUUCUCCUCUUUGGAGGCCUCUGGGUUCAGGAGGUGAGCCCACAGAUGGCUACCAGCAAUGAGUCCUCUAAUUCUUUGGCCUUGGCUACCACUGAAGCCUUAACCUUCAGCUCAACAAUGGCCACUGACUCAACAGCAAGGGACCCUAAGGUUGCCAGCACCGGGGAUCAGACCUCAACCCUACCUCCCUCAGCUCCCUUGGGAGCCCUUGAGUUAGCCUCUCCUGGGACUUCAACUGAUGUCAGCACAGGUCCCCUGGUACUUGAGCCUACAACCUCCCAGGAAGCCUCCACCAUGAAGCCAUCAAUGAGCCUGGAAGUUUCUAAUACAACUAGUGAUCCAGGAGUGGACUCUCUGGGACCGCAUGCUGUGAUGGGUGGAGCCACAGCAACUGGCUCUCUAGAGCCCUCCAGUGGGACCAGUGACCCCCCUGUUGCCACAACAAUCAGCUCUCUAGAGCCCUCCGGUGGGACCAGUGGACCCCCUGUCAUCAUGACAACCAGUGGGACUCCUGGACCCCCUGUCACCACAGCAAUCAGCUCUCUGGAGACCUCCAGUGGGACCAGCGGACUCCCUGUUAUCAUGACAACCAGCUCUCUGGAGAUCUCCAGUGGGACCACUGGACUCCCUGUCACCAUGGCAACUAGCUCUCUGGAGACCUCUAGUGGGACCAGUGGACCCCCUGUUAUCACAGCAGUUAUCUUUCUGGAGACCUCGCGUGGGACUAGCACCUCCACCAUCUCGGAGGUAGAAAUAUCCCUAAAGACCUCUACGAAAACAAACGGUAAUCUCUCCCCAUCUCCAGAUCAGGGGUCAAGCGGCAUACUGCUGGUGGCCGUGCUGGUGGCCCUGCUGGUGGUCAUCGUCCUCAUCGUCCUGCUCCUGCUGUGGCGCCAGCGGCAGAAGCGGCGGACAGGAGUCCUGACACUGAACAGAGGUGGAAAGCGCAACGGGGUGGUGGAUGCCUGGGCUGGGCCAGCCCAGGUUCCUGACGAGGAGGCCAUGGUAGCAACAGUGGGAGGUGACAAGGGCUCUGGGGUCCCUGAGGGAGAGGGGUCUGGCCGGCGGCCCACCCUCACCACUUUCUUCAGCAAAAGGAAGUCUCACCAGGGCUCUUUGGCACUGCAGGAGCUAGAGUGUGGGUCAGGCUCCAGCCCAAAGGGGGAGGAAGAGCCCCUUGUAGACAGUGAGGACGGGGCUCUGGAGGCCCCCAGUUCUGAUGGGCCAGCAGAGGGAGAUGCCCUGUGCCUCCCUGAGUGUGAGUAAGAACAGUGUGUGCCAGCUUCCAGCACCACCCCUCUUAGCACACUCCCAACCCCGUCAUCUCCCAGCAUCCUUCGGAUUCCCACGCAGCGUCAUUCUGAGUCUCCAUCAGCUUCUUAGCCCUGGGUCUUGCAGCCAGCAUCCUCACCCAGCAUCGCAUCCAGCACCCGGACCAGGGCCUGCACCUGCCCGACGCUUGUAGUCUGGAUGGACAAACCUUCCUCGUCAACCCCUACUUCUCCCAUCACACCUUUUUUCUCCAUCUUUUUGUUGUUGUUGUUCUGGAACUAGCUGCUGAGUGUAAAUACCAAACUUCCUUGGCCUCUGAUUUCUUGGAGGACCCCCUGAAGAAUGCUAGAGUCCACGAAGGAGAAGGAGGUGGUCUUGUCCUGUGAGCCUCCUUAGCUCUGGGUCCUAGGGCCAACCUGAAGCAUGGGCUGAAGGCAAGGUCGAGGCAGGAGCCACCUACCUGUGCUAUUGGGUGGGCCUGGACCCUUUUCUGAGCUCCAGACUCUGGGCUGGCUCCUGGCCCAAGCCUCCUCUCUCCCCCGCCUAUGGACUGAGUCAGCCAGAGGCUUCGCUAUUUCACCUCCUCAAGGCAGAGGUAAGAAGAGCUUCUGGCCAGGCGUAGGUCUCAGCCGCUCCAGCAGCAUUUGCGCUACAGUCUGUGUGCAAGAGAUGAGGACGGGGCUGCUUGCGAUGGCUAGUGGGGAGUGCAGGUGGUGUGUGGGAGGGGCAGGCAGCGGUGCAGAGACUGAGGAGGUGCCCGCCCGACGGUGGGGGACAGGCUCUGUGGGAACACAUAUGUCCUCCACGAUGCCCAGAUGGGUGGGCGUGGCACACAAUUGAACUCCGUAGCCCAGUAAAGGAUGCCAGGCUUGUUCGAAAGGCCACAUGUGUGACCCAAGUGCGGGUUCUUCAGCUCAGCCACUGUAUCUCCUCCUCAAAGGCUCGAUGCACACUCAUGCACUUGCACGCAAACACACACGCACACACACAUACACACACGCACACAGUCGGGGGCAAGGCGUCUGGUUCUGCCAAACCACUGGUCUUGCUGAAGUCCCCUCCGCGUUACAUUGUCUGUCUGUCUUUCACUCCUGGAGCUGAGCUUCUUUCCUGCUCCAAGGGGAAUGAGUGAGAGUGAGCAAAAUGAGGAGGGAGCAGGGGACUCCCCUUGUGGGAUUGGGGUGGAGAAAAGGGCGCAACCCCACUGGGCUGCCCCUGAGACUAGUCCCUGCUGUCCUGUCGCCUGAGGGAGCACAUGGGCCAGGGCCGUUGGUAUUUCCCCAGGACAAAGAGGAAAUUUGCAAAGAGGAAGUUGUUGAGUCAGAGAGAGCAGUGGCUGAGAGCAGACAGUGACCUACCAAACGAGACAGGGAACCAUGCGAGGGUGACUGCCAGGUGGCCUGCGCGGGAGAUAAGGAAAGCCCAAGCACGUCAGCUCCUGCAGACGCCCCUGUGACUGCGGCAGGGCAGGGCCUUGUUCCCAACUGCACAGGGAAGGGAAUCCCGGCUUCCCCGCGUCGGACUGGACACUCCGAAGGCUGGAUCUGGCUGCCUUUUCCUGCUUCUCACAAGGUGCUGUUUGGAACACCUGCAGCCCCAGAAUGGCCAAAGUGGGUUCCAAAGUUACUGAGAGACAAGCAAGUGUAAGGUCUGGGGGAAGGGAAAAGAAACAUGGCGGAAACAUUCCCGCCAGCAGGAACUUCCUGUUGUCCACACCUGGCCCGCCAUCACCAACGGACUUACCUGCCCUUCAGCAUUUGGCGCGCCCGCCCAAGUUGAACAGAAACAGCGAACUUCAUUGGCCAGACAAGGACCCGUGGUGACCACCUAUUGGACAAUGGCCCUUUAAGAAUGAGCAGCACCCACCCUGGGUGUGACUCCAUUGGCCUCUGAGCAGACCGAGGGACCUCACCCUAGAGCGAGAGCACAGAAUAAAUUAUGCUGGUUUUAUUAAACCCCAAAGCCUGACUCUGGCAUUUCCGCCUUCCAGGGGUCCCAUUUCAGGUUUAGAGAAUGCUGGCUGACCCUAGGGGCCCAGCUCCACCUCCUUGCAGUCAUUGUUUGCGUUAUUGGUUUCCAGGGCCUGGGGGAAUCCUGAGAAAAUACAGUAGAAAAUACUGGUAGAAUGGCACCCAACAGGGCUUUCACAUUCCAGGACACCCUAAACUACAUGAAUGUUAGUAGAGACACAGGCCAGUCCGCGGCAUGGCGGGAAAGGCGGGUGGAUCCAACGUGCCCAACUAUGUAGUUUGAGUCUCUCACCCAGUAGCUUGAAAGACAUGCCAAGCACGUGUGCAUGUGUGCCCUACAUCCCCAGAGAAGAAUGGAGGAAAAAGGAUUGCAGUGUGGCAACUCCCCU